CCUCAAAAAGCAAGGUGAGAGGGUCACAUUGAGCGUCCGCUGCUCCCUGGCAGCCGUGAGGAGUUAGCACCAUGGCUGAAGACAUCAAGACUAAAAUCAAGAACUACAAAACUGCCCCUUUUGACAGCCGCUUCCCAAACCAGAACCAGACCAAGAACUGCUGGCAGAACUACUUGGACUUCCACCGCUUCGAGAAGACCAUGACUUCGAAGGGGGGUGAUGUCUCCAUGUGUGAGUGGUACCGGCGUGUGUACAAGUCCCUCUGCCCUGUAUCAUGGGUUUCAGCCUGGGAUGUCCGAAGAGCAGAAGGCACUUCCCAGUUUCCUGGGAAGAUCUGACCUGACUCCACCCACCUCUCCUCUUCUCUGUCCUUCCCAUAUAGUUAAGGGGGACCUGGGUAUAUGAUGGUCCCUACCUUGGGACCCUGAAUCAUGAUGCAACUACUAAUAAAAAUUCACUGGAAAAGU